AUGUCGGAACCCACGCCCGAGGAGCAGAAGAAGCUCGAUGCAGAGGCAAAGGCCAAGGAGGACGCAGAGCAGGCUGCCCUGCCCUACAAAUGGACCCAGACUAUCAAGGACCUCGAUGUCACAAUAUCCAUCGACUCCAAAUACAAGGGCCGCGACCUGGACGUGAAGCUCACCCGGACGCACCUGAAGGUCGCGAUCAAGGGCCAGGAGCCGAUUAUUGAUGGCGACCUCCCCCACGCCAUCCACGUCGACGACUCUACAUGGACCCUCGAGACGGUCCCUGGCGGCAAGGAAAUUGCCGUACACCUCGACAAAGUCAACCAGCUCGAAUGGUGGGCCCACGUUGUCACCGCCGCCCCCAAGAUCGACACUUCCAAAAUCCAACCCGAGAACAGCAACCUGGGUGACCUCGACGGUGAGACGCGGGGCAUGGUCGAGAAGAUGAUGUUCGACCAGCGUCAGAAAGAGAUGGGCAAGCCGACAAGCGAUGAGCAGAAGAAGCUGGACAUCCUGAAGCAGUUCCAGGAGCAGCACCCGGAGAUGGACUUUUCGAAUGCGAAGAUGGGAUGA